CUGGAAGCAUGUCGGCGCCGUGCAGAAGGUAAGACCCUUACCCUUCAUCCGCCCGCGUCGAUUCUUUUAUCCUAUCCAUUCGAUCAAUCCAUAUAUAUAUGGAUGACGGCAUUCAUCAAUCGAUCCAACCACGGUGGUCAGAGCAAUUUCCAGAGUGUUCGAAGUAGAAGUAUUAGAGACCUUCGGCCGUCGAUCCCGCACUCCGAUCCAAGAAAAAGAGAAGAGAUGAUACUGGUCGCAGUUGUAGCGGAGCUGCUGGAGAAGUACACCGCGUUGGUGUCCCACGCGCUGGAGCAGCUGGUCCACGACGCCCCCUUCCCCCGGCGCGUCCGCCUCCUCAUCUUGCGCAACCUCCCCUUCGCCUCUCCGCCGCCCCCACUCCCGCCGCCUCCCCACGCCCUGCGGGUCCGCUCCCGCGCCGCCCCCGUCGCCGCCCGGUGAUCCGAGGGGUUCUUCCCUGUACAUAAGCCUCCGUCCUUCUCACUGGUGGAAUUUUGCCCCAUCCUUUUCCUUCAUUGCAAUUGAGUGUCUCGAAAUCAUGAACAGAUCUUCGGUUGUCUACUUCCUCCUCGCUCUCGGACUUGUUUUUCUGAUGUUCUAAUGUUCUAUUGGUUUGGAAACUUAUACCAGAGGGAUCAUAUGUCCAAUCUCAUUCGAUGGGAGCAAAUUCUUCA